ACCGCUCUUUCUGAAAGUGAGAUUCCAUAUCUCUGCUCCAAUUCUGAGCUGCUUAUCUCGUACUUCUCUCUCUCUCUCUCUCUCUCUAGGCGGAAGAAGCAGAGAACGAUGGAAGCGAAGAUGAGCAACUUCUUCGGAUCGGUCUCCGACUUCUUCACCGGCGCCGAUCACAUCCCCUGGUGCGAUCGCGACGUCAUCGCGGGUUGUGAGCAAGAAGUUGCCGAGGCUGAAAAAGGUUCAUCUGAUGAGCUUAUCAGUGAAUGUAUUAUGCGUUUAUCGUGGUCACUUGUUCACUCGAGGCAACCAGAAGAUGUCCAGCGUGGAAUAGCAAUGCUUGAAGCUUCCAUUUCUGGCACUAAGAGUCCUUUGCAAUUGAGAGAGCAGCUUUAUCUUCUAGCUGUUGGUUAUUACAGAAGUGGAGACUACACAAGGAGCAGGGACCUUGUGGAGCAGUGUCUGCGGAUUGCUCCUGAUUGGAGACAGGCCCUCACGCUUAAGAAAACAAUCGAAGACCGUAUUACAAAGGAUGGGAUAAUUGGCAUUGGCAUCGCUGCUACUGCUGUAGGAUUGCUGGCAGGUGGACUUGCUGCAGUUCUCUCAAGGAAGAAAUGACCCACGCACGGUCGCCCUUCAGUACUCUGUUCAUAUGAACGAUCCAUGCUAAAGUUUGUUAAAUUUUUUUUCUCUCAUGUUCUUCGCUAACCUCACUAGUGAUGUGGUAAGUAAACCGUCUACUUUGAUGAAGUUUUGUUACUUGUAGUUUGUUUAAUGGACAGUGUGAGGUAAAAGUAGUUCUUUGAAAUGUCUCUCUUUGCUCACCUGAACAAAAGUAUGUGACGAGCUUGUGCUGCCCA